AUGAGCGGCUCUGUUGAACUUAGAUGGCGCGGACCUAGUCGCCAGUCGUCGCAACGCCACUCUGGCAAUGGAAACCGUGAUCGUGCAGCUGGUGGACAGGGUGGACAAGGUGCUCAAGCUGGUGCCCAAGGUGGUCCCCAACAAAACGCUUCUCAGAGUGGAAAUAAUGCCUGGGGUGGCUCUGGUCCAGCGCAGGACCUGCAUGUCUCCGUCCGGGGCUUCAAUGCUGCCGAAGCUAAAAAUAUUUUGAAGAGAGAAACCAAGCCGACAUUCUAUAAGCCGACUGGCAAAGACACAAAUAACCAGCGAUCGGGCGGUCCCUGGGGUGCUAAAUCGAACACGAUGGCAAAUGGGAAGGACUUCUUCAUCGAGUUACGGAAGCAAGUUGCAUCCUUGCAGAAGGGUGUUGGCCCUCCCGUGGGAGGCUGA